CAAAAUGCCACUUGCAUUAAAAAUGAGACCCCCUCACAGUGUUGGACAUCUCAUAUCCCUAAAAUAAAAUUAGCCCCUAAAACCAAACCCACAGAAUCUGAUUACAGAUUACUCUUUCUCUCACUUCCCACCAUCAUCAAUCACCAAUUUCUACGGAAAUCCCAAUAGAUCCCCUACCAGUCCCACAAAACACGCUUUAUCACAGAGGCCCAGAUAGUAAAUUUGGGUCUCUUCUCUCUCUCUCUCUCUGCGUACGAUCUGUGUCCGCAAGAGACCCCAGAAAUCUCAGCAAUCAUGCCGUCAGGUGCCAAGAAGAGAAAGGCCGCCAAGAAAAAGAAGGAGAAGGAGAAUCAGACCCAAAACGGGAAUUCAUCAACCAGCAAAAGCAACCCUCAAGGAGACGUAAGCUCUAAACCUCAAGCUAAAGAGUGGAGACAGUCCGUAGAGGGAGAAUCUAGUGACGCAGAGGCUGUUCCGAAAGAUGGUGGUGUUAGAAUUGAGAGGGAUUCGAAGGAGGGUUCCAAGAGCAACAAGCGUGCUGGGUCUGGAAAGGAAUCAAUUAAAGGCUCGAGUAGUAGCAGUAGCAGUGAUAGGAGUAGUUCAGAUGACGAGUCUCGUGUUGUUGAAAGGAGAAGGAAGGAGAAGGGUGAUGCUACCGUUUCGGAGGAAAAAAAACCUGCUAGUGAUUUGGUUAACUCGGUUGAUUCUUUACUAGCACAAGUGACUCACUCUCACUCUACUAAUGAGGCACCAGCUGAGAAGACUACAAGUUUAGUUGCAGAGAAGGCCCCUUUGGCUGAGAAGACUACAAGUUUAGUUGCAGAGAAGGCCCCUUUGGCUGAGAAGACUACAAGUUUAGUUUCAGAGAAGGCCCCUUCGGCUGAGAAGACUCCAAGUUUAGUUGCAGAGAAGGCCCCUUUGGCUGAGAAGACUGCAAGUUUAGUUGCAGAGAAGGCCCCUUCACUUGAUUCUGAUAAGCCUGUGGUGACUGUUCACUUUACAGAAACUACUCCAGUUGACGGUCUAGUGAUCUCUGGUACAGUUGUAAAACCGGCGUUGGAGAGUGGUGCAGAGAAGUCUUUAGAAACUUUGACUGAUUCGCUACCAGACAAAAUCGAGAGUAUAGUGUGUCCCCCGCUAAUUGAGAAUGGUAAGGCAUCUCCGACUGUGGUGGAAUCUGUAUCUAAAGAAAAUGGGAGUAAAGUAUUGCCAUCAGUAGGUGUGGUGGAAUCUGUAACUAAAGAAAAUGGGAGUAAAGUAUUGCCAUCAGUAGGUGUCUCUCCCGCUCAAACUAGUAAUGAUGCUGGAUCCAUUAAAGAUUCCGAAAUUCCAGAAUAUUCUGAAAGCCAGCCUCUAGUAGCUCCUGCCCCACGAGUGGUGGAAAAAACUUCUUGCUUUGGUUGCUGCGGAAUUCUGGACGUGAUAACAGGCUCCAGGAUAUAACUUCAGAAUCAAAGCAUGAUGGGUUUCUGUCGACUCUUUGAAGCAUGUGAAGUGAAGAAUCUGGUUCACAAAAUUUAUGAUAUUUUGUUAUUAGAACUUCUGAGUUUCUUUUUUUCCCAAAGAAUAAUAGGCAAGAGGCCUCCUUUGGUAAAUCAUUUUAAAGUGGUUAUAGUUUGAGGAAUGGUAGUCAGCUGAAUAUAUACAGCUUUUACAACCUUCGUUUCUUGUUUUAAUUUUGCAGAAUAGUUUCUUCUGGCAUUGUAGGGAAAUGGAGUGACCUAAAAUUGCAAGAACUUUUUUUAGUAUGA